CGAAACCGAUCUAGAAAAUCAGACAUUGAAACAGAAGACUCUUGUCUCUUUGUUCACGUUUCUCUAUAUAUACACACAUAUACACACAGUAAUAUCUAUAUCUAAAGAGAGUUAAUACAAAGAUCGAGAUUUACUUCAGAAAUGGCGAUGGAAGACGAGGUAUCUUCGAUGAGAACUACAACGUUAGUGGCUCCAACGAGACCCACGAUCACAGUUCCUCAGAGACAACCGGCGAUUGAAACGGCAGCGUAUCUUUUUGGCGGUGGAGAUGGGCUUAGUCUGAGCCCUGGUCCACUUUCUUUUGUCUCGUCUUUGUUCGUUGACAGCUUCCCUGACGUGUUGACGCCGGAUAAUCAGAGAACGACGUCGUUUUCUCAGCUUCUCGCCGGAGCUAUCUCGGUGUCUCCCGGUGGAGGAGGAGGACGUUCGACGUCGGGGAUGUUCGCCGGAGGGAGUACGAUGUUUACAAUUCCUUCUGGUUUGAGCCCUUCUAGUCUUUUUACCUCUCCCAUGUUCUUUCCACCUCAGCAGUCACCAGGUCAGACCAGCCUUGUCCAACCGCAACGACCAGACUCAUUUCCUAACCAGAUGCCGCCAUCGACAUCCACGGCCGUGCAUGGCCAUCAAUCUUUUCAAGUUCCGCAAUCCGGUCAUAGAGCUAGAAACCAACCGGCAAAUAACAACAUUAAUAACCGGUCGUAUAAUGUGGUGAACGUUGAUAAACCGGCGGAUGACGGUUAUAACUGGAGGAAGUACGGCCAAAAGCCGAUCAAAGGGUGUGAAUAUCCGAGGAGUUAUUACAAAUGCACACAUGUUAAUUGUCCGGUUAAGAAGAAAGUUGAACGGUCAUCAGAUGGACAGAUAACUCAGAUAAUUUACAAAGGUCAGCAUGAUCAUGAGAGGCCUCAGAACCGUCGUAAUGGUGCUGGUGGUGGCAGAAAUUCCGGUGAAAUUGGUGAUGUUCAUUACAUUGGUGGUUCAGGACAGAUGAUGGAGUCUAGUGAUGAUAGUGGUUAUGGUAAGGAUCAUGAUAAUGAUACUGAUGAUGAUGAUAUUCCACCUUCUAAGAUAAGAAAAAUCGACGGUGGUGGGUCGACGACACACCGGUCGGUGACCGAGCCGAAGAUCGUCGUCCAGACAAGAAGUGAAGUCGACCUUCUCGACGAUGGCUAUAGGUGGCGCAAGUAUGGACAAAAAGUUGUCAAAGGAAAUCCCCAUCCAAGGAGCUAUUAUAAAUGUACAACACCCAACUGUACGGUCCGUAAACAUGUAGAGAGAGCUUCAACAGAUGUGAAGGCUGUGAUUACAACUUACGAAGGUAAACAUAACCACGACGUCCCUGCCCCUAGAAACGGCACUGCCGCAGCAAACUCAGCUACGGCGGGAACGUCUGACCACCACCGUGUGACAUCAAUGUCGGGGAAUACGCAACCACAUAUGAGUUUCGGUUACACUAACAAUACAGGACAAUCUCCGCAUUCUUCUCCGGCAGGUCCUCCACGCCAUCUCCGCCGCCGUUUAGACGCCGCCGUCCACCGAAGUCACCCCCAAAACAACCACAACCGUCAUGCUCUUCCCCGUCCACCGUCUCACCGCCGUGUCAACAACUCAUCUCCGAAAAAACAUCGCAGUCACGACGACGAUGCUCCAAGAUCGAGGACGACGGGAGUUAGCCUGAGAUCAGGAUUGCCGCACGGCAAUGUAGAGGCUGAGCAGGUGGCGGCUGGUUGGCCCUCCUGGCUCAGCUCCGCCGCACCGGAGGCUGUUCAUGGGUGGAUCCCAUUACGUGCAGAGGACUUCGAGAAAAGAGAGAAGAUUGGACAAGGGACGUAUAGCAAUGUGUUCCGGGCUUGUGAGGUAUACACGGGACGAGUCAUGGCUCUAAAGAAAAUAAGGGUUCAGAAUUUCGAAACUGAAAACAUAAGAUUCAUAGCGAGAGAAAUCAUGAUUUUGAGAAGAUUAGAUCAUCCAAACAUCAUGAAACUCGAAGGGAUCAUCGCGUCACGUAACUCAAACAGCAUGUACUUUGUGUUCGAUUACAUGGAACACGAUCUCGAAGGCUUAUGUACAUCUCCUGACAUCAAAUUCACCGAGGCACAGAUCAAAUGCUACAUGCAGCAGCUUAUAUGGGGAGUAGAACAUUGUCAUGUACGAGGGAUUAUGCACAGAGAUAUUAAAGCCGCAAACAUUCUGGUGAAUAACAAAGGAGUUUUGAAGCUAGCUGAUUUUGGACUAGCUAACAUUGUAACACCAAGAAACAAGAAUCAGUUAACAAGUAGGGUUGUGACUCUAUGGUACCGUGCACCGGAACUUCUAAUGGGUUCUACUAGUUAUAGCGUAUCCGUCGAUCUUUGGAGCGUUGGAUGUGUUUUCGCUGAGAUUCUUACCGGAAGACCACUACUUAAAGGAAGAACAGAGAUUGAACAACUUCACAAAAUAUACAAACUCUGUGGAUCACCAGAUGAAGACUUUUGGGAAAAGAACAAACUUCAUCCCCAAACUAAGAUGUUUAGAACACAACAUCAAUAUGAAGGUUGUCUGAGAGAAAGAUUUGAGGAGUUUCCAAAAACAGCAGUUGAUCUCUUGGAGAAUCUAUUAUCUAUUAAUCCAGAGAAAAGAGGAACUGCCUCUUCUGCUCUCAUGUCAGAGUACUUUAACACAAAACCUUACGCUUGUGAUCCAUCGACAUUACCUAAGUACCCUCCUAACAAAGAAAUGGAUGCUAAGUACCGUGAAGAACUUCAACGAAGGAGAAGAGUUACUAUAAAGAAAAGAGACAACUUGGCACCCAAGCAAGAGACAAAAUCACGUAGAACAAUCAGAGAGCCUACAAAUCUUAACAAGUUACCCACCCAACAGGAAGCAAAGAAGGAAGCCGGGACAGAAAUCAUUGUCCAAACGCCAUCAGAGACAUCUCAAGCGACGACAAGAAGCGAGUUUCCGUACACCGGUUUAUCUCAAACCACGGCUCCAGCAAGCGGGUUCGCAUGGGCUAGUACAAAGAAGAAGAAAGAAAACGACGCAGCUUCAACGCUGACUUAUAACCAUCCUGCAGGAUCUGCUAGCCACGUGAGUGGUAUGAGCAUGGCAUUUGCGAAGAACACUUUUGGGUUAACAAUAAAUGAAGACAAACCGUUUCUUAGGCCGCACGUUUCUCUAGACUCUUCUGGCGUGUAUUACAAGAAACCGGAAGAAGAUACGGUUAGUCAAUUGAAUACUGGAGAGAAUGCGAAGAUUUUUCAAACUAAUGGGAUGAAUGAGAUAUUAAGAAGGACUGAGAGUGAUGCUAGAGUCGGUGUUCGAAGACCGCCAAGAAUACAAAGAGGUUAAAAAUGGGAGAAAAAAAAAAGAGUUACCACUACUUUUAGCCAAUGUCUUCAUUUGGCAUCAUUUGUAGUCCAUAAAUUAAAAAAGUUGUCACAAACAAACCAAGGACGGUCUGAAAACUUCAAGUUCUAAUGUGAAGUUUAAUUUGUUGAAAUUAAGGUCACAAGUUUAGGGUUGGUAACUAGG